AUGGCCUCAAUAGCAACGCAUCGAAAGCAGAAACGCAAAGACAAACAGACGGCUGAGCCGUCACUCCCUGUCCCUCAACCGCACAGUUCACCCAAAAAAGCCAAACUCGAAGACAAAUCUCCAGACAUUGCUCUCAAUGAGAAGGCUGUGGCCGUUAAUAACAGUAACGCCACUCUUGGAUGGCCUACCGAUGACUUGAAUACUUUGAUCAACAAUUUGGGCAAA